AUCCUCCCUGUUUUACCGAUUGCGUACACCCACGCGUGGUGAGUAGCAAGUAAUGUUAGAAAAGAUCGUAUCGUCUCUCGGCAAUUUUCGUUGUUGCAUUUACAUCAUUUUAGAUAGAUAACAUGAAAUGGUAUUACGCGAGCCCGUUUCAGACGAUGCGUAUUACGAUGGUGCUUCGAGGAUAUUUUUUCAUUUACUUUUUUAUCAAUCUUACGCGGUUAGUUACAUGUGACGUAAACACAAAAGAACCGACCGUGUUAAUCGCGAUUCUGGUCAGAAACAAGGCGCACACAUUGCCGUACUUCCUCAGCCUACUGGAGCGACAAGAUUAUCCCAAGAAACGGAUAUCUCUCUGGAUAUGCAGUGACAAUAAUGUCGACAAUUCGAUAGAGAUAUUGAACAAAUGGAUCAGUUCAGAAAGCGAAAAGUAUCACUCCCUAAAUGUUUAUUUGAAUGCAUCAUCGACAGGAUUUAGGGAUGAGAGGGCGAGUACUGAUUGGUCUCCUCACAGAUUCGCGCAUGUGAUAGAUCUACGCGAACGAGCACUCAAUCAUGCGAGACAAAUAUGGGCAGAUUUUAUCUGGAUGUUGGAUGCAGAUGUUUUUCUGAUUAAUCCAAGCACUUUGCGCAAAUUGGUCCAUAAGGAACACGUCGUUGCGGCGCCUUUACUGAAAUCGGAUGGCAUGUAUAGUAAUUUUUGGGCUGGCAUGACGGCAGAACAUUAUUAUGUGCGUACGGAUCUCUAUGAGCCGAUCUUGUUUCGCGAGAAAACAGGAUGUCAUCACGUACCAAUGGUUCAUACCGCAGUCCUUGUAGAUUUAAGAACCCGCGAGUCCGAUCUUCUAUCCUACAGAGCCGAUAAAUUGAACGCUUAUGAUGGACCCCAAGAUGAUAUUAUAACUUUCGCUGUAGGAGCGAAUAAAUCUGGUGUACCAUUGUUCGUUUGUAACGACGAAGUCUAUGGUUUCGUCACGGUGCCUUUGGAGAACGACGAGACUAUCAUGGAAGAUAUACAGCGAUUAACCAACAUAAAGACGGAAAUACUGGCGUUCAGCGACCUGCCUUUGUCGGACGAUCUAAAGGAAUUUGUGAGGUAUCCUGAGAAAGACACGCUAGGUUUAGAUCACGUCUAUAUGAUAAAUCUAUUGAGACGACCGGAGAGGCGCAAAAGAAUGUGGCGACUAUUCAAUGAACUCGGUAUUCAAGCGGAGACUAUCGACGCUAUAGAUGGCAGGGCUCUGAAUGAAACUUUUCUAAAGGAAUGGGGCGUGAUACUGAUGCCGGAAUAUUUGGAUCCUUAUCACAACAGGCCGAUGACGAUGGGCGAGAUCGGCUGCUUCCUCAGCCACUACCUCAUAUGGCAAAAGGUGCUGAAACACGGCUACGAAAAAGUUUUGGUGCUGGAGGAUGACAUCCACUUCGAACCGUUUUUUCGACAGAAAGUCAAUUACGUUUUGGUAGAGUUGUCCGACCUCAAGAUCAAGUGGGACUUAGUAUAUGUGGGGAGGAAGAAAUUGGUGAAAUCGGAGAGUCGACUGAAUGGCUCCAAGUUUUUGGUGCGGGCUGGAUAUAGUUAUUGGACACUGGGCUACAUGUUGUCGGCGAGCGGAGCGAGGAAAUUGGUGGGCGCCAUGCCUCUCGGGAAAUUAGUUCCCGUCGACGAGUAUCUUCCCAUACUUUCGGAUACGCAUCCUAAGGAGCAGUGGGCCGCGCAGUUUCCCACGCGGGACUUGAUUGCAUUAUCGACAAGUCCGCUUCUUGUUUAUCCCACGCAUUAUACCGGCGAGGAUGGAUACAUCAGCGACACGGAGGACUCAAAACUCGUGCUGGACACUUCCGAGUCCGCGAAGUCGGCAGACCGUGAUGAACUGUGAGACAUCAACGACUGAAAGGGAUUUGAAGGAAAUGUCUAGUCGAACGAGCCAAUUCUCAAGCCAUUUUUAAAUUGCCUAAUAGUGAAUUUAAGAUUAUUUUUAACUGAAAUUUUUUUACGUAUAUACGUUGCCAUUACGCUGCCAUUAUGCUAAUUAUGUAAGUUCGAAGUUGAUACUGAUUAAAUGUAGAGAUAUAAACGAUACACAAUAUCUUAUUAGGAAAAACGCCAUUUAGAGCUUUUCUUGAAGGAAUAUUCAUUUAUUCUAUCGUACCUACAUAUAUCUAUUCGUAUAUAUUAUAAAUUACGAAUACAAACUUUGAGUUUAACAAAUGUAACAUUCCCACAUUCUAACGAAUAUAAAUUAAGGAAAUGCAAACUCGUAAAAAUACUUGCAUGAACUUGGUUAAAAAUUAAAAAUUGAACGGUCGAACAAAACGUACCAACCAAACACUGCACGAAACGUACAUGCAAAUGGAACAAACAUUUUUAUAUUUUUAUAUAACACUAACAUUGUGUAGAUAUAAGAUCUUAUUCUGUUAUGUAAAUGUGCCAAUGCUAUCAAAAUAUAACAAAAUAACAAAAAGUAAAA